AUGUCAGCUGCUACCGACAAGGCCCGCUUCUUUCUUGAGAAGUCGGUCCCUGAGCUCAAGGAGUUUGAGCGGAAGAAAAUCUUCUCUAAGGAGGAAAUCACAGCCAUCAUCAAGAAACGGUCCGAUUUUGAGCACAAGCUGAAUGCACGUGGCGCCCUGCCCGUUGACUUCGUCCGAUAUGCGCAAUACGAGAUGAACCUAGACACCCUGCGCCGGAAGAGGGUGAAGCGAUUGGGAAUCAGGUCGGCGGGAUACACUGGGCAGAGGCGCAUCUUUUUCAUCCUUGACCGCGCGACUCGCAAGUUUCAUGGAGAUGUGGGCUUGUGGGUGCAGUACCUCGAAUACGCAAAACAACAAAAAGCCUACAAAAAGGUCUCGAGCAUCCUUACAGACGCCUUGCGGUUACAUCCCGCCAAUGUCGAUUUGUGGCUAUACGCUGCGCAAUACGCUGUGGAUGAGCAUGCGGAUAUGACACAAUCUAGAGGUUACAUGCAGCGCGGAUUGCGCUUUUGCAAAAGUUCGAAGAAGCUGUGGCUCCACUAUGCAAAACUGGAAUUGAUAUAUAUCGCCAAGUUGGUUGCUCGACAGCGAAUCUUGGGUCUCGAUAAGCCGAUCGAAGCCCCGAAGCCAGCGGAGGAGGACAAUAUGGAUGCCGACAUGAUCGCUAUGCCCAAGAUUACUGGAGAAGAUAUCAACCCCGGUGCUGGAGAGGAUGGCGGUGUGGAUCAAGUCGCUUUGGACAACCUUGCCAACACCCCUGCCCUGACUGGUGCCAUCCCUCUCGCCAUUUUCGAUACGGCCAUGAAGAACUUCGAAAAUGACGACCGUUUCGGUCAUGAAUUCUACGAUAUGGCGGUCGAGUUCGACGACCUGCCCUGUCUGCACAAGAUUCUCGGCCAUGUGGUCGACGUGAUGCAGCAGAGCAAGCCCAACAGCCCCCAUACGCAAAUCUGCUACAUCAAAUUCCCCACCGCCGGACUCCAGGUCACUUCGCCCGAAUUCCCACGUGCGUUUAGCGCAUCAUUUGCCCGUAUCAAGGAGUAUCGGAAUAACCCCAACGUCGCCAAGGAGAUCAUCAGCUGGCUACAGCCCCUUGAGAAGACAGAAGGCGUGGAUGCGUCUCUCCAAAAGGCGAUUUCUGCGACUAUCCGUAACGCGGAACGCAUUGUACAGGAAGCAUAG